AUGGGGAGCUCAAUUCACUGGCAAAGUGUUACAGUACAGCGAUACAGCCAUAAGCCAAGGACUUCCGAGGAAUGCAAGGAAUCCACCAGAAGCUACAGGCAGCAAGCCGCCGACGCCAUCAUGUCUCCGGAGGAGGAGCUGGAUGGGUACGAGCCGGAGCCGCUCGGGAAGCGGCCGGCUAUCCUGCCUCUGUUGGAGUUGGUCGGGGAGGCCAAUAAUGGCCCCAGCACGGACGGGUCACUCCCCUCGACGCCACCCCCAGCAGAGGAGGAGGAGGACGAGUUGUACGGGCAGUCCCUGGAGAUUAUCUCUCGCUACCUUCGAGAGCAGGCAACCGGCUCCAAGGACGCGAAGCCCAUGGGAGGGUCUGGGGCCGCCAGCAGGAAGGCGCUGGAGACCCUACGACGGGUCGGGGACGGCGUGCAGCGCAACCACGAGACGGCCUUCCAAGGCAUGCUUCGGAAAUUGGACAUCAAAAACGAAAACGAUGUCAAAUCUUUGUCUCGAGUGAUGGUCCAUGUUUUCAGUGACGGCGUAACAAACUGGGGCAGGAUUGUGACUCUAAUUUCUUUUGGUGCCUUUGUGGCCAAACACUUGAAGAGCAUAAACCAAGAAAGCUGCAUCGAACCAUUAGCAGAAAGUAUCACAGACGUUCUCGUAAGGACAAAACGGGACUGGCUAGUCAAACAAAGAGGCUGGGAUGGGUUUGUGGAGUUCUUCCACGUAGAGGACCUAGAAGGCGGCAUCAGAAAUGUGCUGCUGGCUUUUGCAGGUGUUGCUGGAGUAGGAGCUGGUUUGGCAUAUCUAAUAAGAUAGCCUUGUAAGUGCAAUAAUUGACUCUUAACCAACUCCAGCCACCAAAACCACAUACUUCUGUGAAAUCAAAUGUAUUUAUGAAGUUGGACUUCAAACUGCCCAGGCUGUAAUCUCCAAGAGUUCUAUUCUAGCAGCCUAGCCAGAAAAACAAGUGGCAAGAGGAUUAUGGCUAACAAGAAUAAAUACAUGGGAAAAAGUAUUCCCCCUGGAAGAGUCACAGUCUGAAAGAAGCAAAUUUCAGUUCAGCAGCAAGCAAACUUGUUUGAGAGGCCAUGGAGAAGGACUUUUUAGAUUUAGUGAAGUUGAUAGGGUGGAAAGACUUAAUUUCCUUGUCUAGAACAGGAGGGUGGCCAGUAGCUAGGCUAGUCAUAGAAUUCAUUAAAUAUUCCCACCAAAUUCAUUAAUUUUCUAUAGUGUUAGAAGCACUAACAAUACCAGUGACCUGUGUAAAAUGGAUCUAAAAGUCCAACUGUUCAGGACUUUUAUACCUGUUCUACUUUGGCUUGGUUUGAAUGAUUCUUAGUUUAUUAUCCUAGUAAUGGCCAAGAAUACUUGACUUAAGGCUCAGUAAUUAGUUACCAAUACGUAAUAUCCUCAAUUUUUAAGACAAGAAAACUUGUAAAUGUAUUUGUCUGUAAAAAUUGUAUAUAUUUUUACAGAAAGUUUAUUUCUUUGAAACAAAGGAAGGAGAGUUUUGAAUUUACAUAGUUUUUUUCAUACCUUUUGAAAUUUGCAACUUCUGUAGUUAGAAACCUAUUUCUUACAGCUUUUGUACUUUGUCUUGCUCAGUUUCUAGAUUGUGUAAAGAACCAAUUGGUGUAAUUGUAUGCAACCAGGUUGUAGUAGAACAAAUCUGAUUCAUCACUAUGCAGGCUUUAAUUUUCCUAUCUGGUUUUGGUAAGUAUUUCUUAAGUUUUUUUCGAAAACCUGGGAUUGAGAGGUUAAGGAAUGGAAAUUAACUUCGUUAUGCAGGUUUUCAAUAAUUAAGUCAAAGUGGAGUUUUAAGGUUGUGGGGGAGACACAUGAUUUACAAAUAAUAGGCUCUGAUUGGGUAGCUACUCAUUGAGUUCCUUCUUCCAUUUGACUUAAUUUAACUGGUGAAAUUUAAACUGAGUUCAUGAGCUCAUCUUUAAAGCUUUUACUAAAAGAUUUUCAGCUGUUCAAAAUGGGGGACUUAUUACCAAUGUGUGUAUAAAAAGAUCACAUCGGGUGGAUGCGAGACAUUUGAUCCCUUGUUUGCUUAAUAAAUUGUAAAAUGAUGGCUUGGAAAAGCAGGCUAGAGUCUGACCAUGGUGCUAUUAUUAGGCUUGCUUGUUAAACACAGGUCUAAGCCUAGUGUAUCAAUAAAACAAAUACUUACUGUUAAAAAAAUAAAUAAAUAAACUUCCUG